ACAUCGAUGUAAAUAUUAUUGAUUGAGUGCGACAUGGAGACAAAGGAAAAUAAUGUGAAAAUACUCUUCAUAUGUAUCCUAACAAAUUAAACAAGCUUAUUAUUGGAAGCUGGAGAUACAUUAGAGCGUGCAAGAGAAGUGUCUUUUCCGAGACAUUGCUGUUUCAACAAAAAGCAUACUGUUUCUUGACGUCUUUGAUCAGCUGUUUUUGACAACAGACGCAGAUAGAAAAUUAUUGUAAAUGUGACGCAGAAUAUUGUAUAGUUCUGUGCAGAUUUUGAGUUUAUGCAUUAAUGAUGACAAUGGGAUGAAACAGAUUUGAUCAAUCAUCCCAUCAUUCAUAAUAGUAAUGGGAAACUCAAACAGCAGUAGGUACAACCUAAGUUCAAGUAGACAUGAACAUUGGGAAAAGAUAUUAGAUCAUCCUAACUUUGGACUGAUUCAGUCUGUCCCUUAUAGCAAGUGGAUCAAGUCUCAGAGGAACUAUGGGGGAUUUACAGACUAUGCCGACUUCACGACUUGUCGAGAGUCAAGGCUCCGUCACGGCGUUCUGGUUAAGCCUGAUAAUACUGGAGGACGGUACCUCAUUCCAAGCUUCAAGUCAAAGUUUGAACUCAUUCUUGUGGAAAAACAAAGAUGGUUUAUGUCCAAUUACAAAUUGCCCCGUGUCCCUGUGCCUGAUUUUGAGGAUCCACAGUGGUUCCAGAGAUCAAGUCAUAACAGAAACAGAAGAGAGUGUAGUGUUAUUGGUUACCAUGACAACUUGGUAGUAGUGCAGAUCAACACAAAUCGUUAUUAUCUGUCUCCUAGGUUUUACCUUAUAGAUCUAGAAAGUAAUGAAAUAGUGGGACAUUUUUUAAUCUUUUAUCACUGUAGGCGAUGGUAUGAGUGUUACAUAUCACCAUGCAAGAAACAGAUCCUCAUGAGACCAGACAAUUUAACUCGUAUAGUGUCCUUGCCUGAUAACUAUAUUCUGGAGAAUGUGUGUCUGAAAAGUGCAUUUAGUAACAUGGAAGUUGGUGUCGUCCCACCGACCUUGCGAGCCCACGUCAUGUGUUAUAAUAGUAUAGCAGGGGACAACCUGGCCUUGAUUGCUUUUCACAAAACCAUAGAAAUCAGGAGAACAGACACCUGGGAGACAGUCAGGAGUUAUCAGAACCUGGAUCUCCCCACAGGUAUCCAGCAAAUGAAGUCCAGUCCCCUGGGAGAUUUUCUUGCUCUGAGAUGUGUGUCCCCCGUCCACAGUAAAGAGUACAGUGUUAAUGUAAUAGCAGUCCUCGACUUUCACACUUUUAAUGUUUUAAUGAAGGUGGAUGUAAAGGGCUGUUAUCGACCAGUGUCAGAAGUUGUCAACCUCCAGGUUUUCCCACACUUUAGUCCAAGCGAGGCUACAAUAGCUGUGAUGAGGAACUGUUCAUACACUCGAAAAAUUAUGACUUACAAACUGCCAAUCUGUCGCUUUAACCUACAAUACCUCUGUCGCAGAGCCAUUCUUCACCUGGUCAGCUACAGGGAGGUACAUAAACUACCCCUCCCCAGCAACAUUAUCAACUUCCUACUUGCCAAACCAGGUCAUACACGCACUGGUCUGUCCUGAGGAAAGUUUGAGUCUUAAGUGCUAGUAGUAUUUAUGUGGUAUGUUAGAUAAGCAUGUAUUAAUUUAUGUGUCAAUAACACUUUUUGAUUUAUAUUUCAGAGACACAAAAUGUACAGUAAUGUCCAUUCAUUCAAAUUAAGAAUCUUAAUUUUUUCCAUGCUUAGUUGGCUUAAAAACUUGCAAAAACACUACAUGUACUGUAAACAUGGAUGUUUUCAAGGGUUAAAAUUUUGGGCUUUCAAUCAAACAAAGUGUUUACAUGGGGUUAUUUUGGGGGAUUAAGUUAAAAAAUUUACAAAGUGUGUUGGAUUGUUGUUUUGGUACGGUACCUUAAAUGGAACCAUUGGCAUGGUGAUAAAUUUUGAAACUUUACUAACCACAAAAUUUCGCAGAAAUUUCCCCCACACAAACAUUUCCACAUUAACAGCAUUUUCUGGAGAUAAAGAUGCCAGCUUAUAAGAUUCAUUACUGUAAACAUGUAAACAAGUCAAACCAGUAUUUAUUUAGACAUCGUUUCUUUUUAAUUGAUAUUUAUAGAGUAUUAUG